AGGACGGACGGAUUUCGUUCUGCGCACAAGUUCUAUAUUUAAAUGGAAACAAUAAUUUAUAUUCCCACAGUUACUUUUAAGUGAUCAUUACCGUGCGUGAAUUCGCUCGUGAAAUAUAAUGGAUGGUUUCCUGGUGAAAAUUUGUUUUAAGGGCAGUGUUACGUAAUCGAACGCCCGUUUCCUCGUGUGAGUGAAGAAGUUGAAUAUGUGAAGUGACGUUGUAGUAAAAUUCAAAUAACACUGUCUAAAACUGACAUUAAAACAUUUACAAAAUUUUGCUUAAAAUAAUUACCGUAAAUGUUAGCAGAUGAAUUUAUGCCCUACCAUUGCGAAUCAAAGAGAACCAGUCACAGAAAUCCGUGUAACUCAAUACUUCAACUAAUAAGGUGGAUCGGGGUCUGUCGUGAACAUGACCUAGUGCCCCAUGACAGCGGCGCUCCCCACGUCUCGAUACCAUAGCCAGCCAACCUGACGCACGUUACAUAUAAAUUAUCAAAUAUGUGGCCUCGCUGGUUGUUAUUAUGCUUGGUGGUGCUAUACGCGCGGCCAGUACACCCACAAGGCGCCCAGCAGUGCCCCGCUCCGAACACCAUGACACCUUGCAGCUGCACGGUCAAGAAAAACGGCUUGGAUAUACUCUGCGAGUUCACUGAACAGCAACAUAUACAAAAAGCAAUGAACACGCUGCGUUCGAAGCCAAUGAUUAUAUUUUAUCUGAAGCUACGUCACAACAAUCUGGCUAAGUUGCCCUCUUACAUAUUCCUGGGGCUCGAUAUACGUCAUCUGACUGUUCACAACAGCAGCCUAGCGGUCAUCGAGGAUUCUUCACUAAGCUCCAUCGGCAACAAGCUGACUCAGCUGGACGUCUCCCAGAAUAGUCUGGCCACAAUACCGACAUCUUCGUUCACACAUCUCAAUCACCUGCUCAUACUGAACAUGAAUCAUAACAAGGUGACCGCGGUACACAACAGAGCAUUCGUCGGACUUGAUACCCUAGAGAUACUGACUCUGUAUGAAAAUAGGAUUUCGGUAGUCGAUGGCGAGGCUUUCAAAGGAUUGGAAAAGAAGCUUAAGCGAUUAAAUCUUGGAGGCAAUGAAUUGACGGCGGUCCCGCAAAAAGCGCUGGCUCUUCUCGAGAAUUUGAAAAAACUUGAAAUGCAAGAAAAUCGGAUUACUUCUAUUUCAGAAGGGGACUUUGCAGGGUUACGUAACCUAGAUUCUUUAGGCCUAGCUCAUAACCAGCUUCGCGAAGUUCCGGCUCAAGUGUUUUCGCACCUUACGUUUUUGAACUCACUGGAGUUGGAGGGAAACCUGAUUCAACGUAUUGACGAGAAGGCCUUUGCUGGACUUGAAGAAAAUCUGCAAUACUUACGUCUUGGCGACAACCGCCUACAUGAGAUCCCCUCUGAAGCACUGCGUCCUCUGCAUCGUCUCCGCCAUCUGGACCUUCGAUCCAACAACAUAACAUACAUCAGUGAAGAUGCCUUCACUGGCUACGGAGACUCCAUCACGUUCCUCAACAUGCAAAAGAAUAUGAUUCAUCAGCUGCCAACAAUGGGCUUCGAUAAUCUGAACUCCCUGGAAACACUAAACCUGCAAAACAAUAAACUACAGCAUAUUCCUGAGGAAAUAAUGGAGCCGAUACUCGAUACAUUACGAGUCGUGGAUAUAAUGGAUAAUCCUCUGAUCUGUGACUGUGAGCUGGCUUGGUACGAAGCUUGGUUGGCCGGACUCCGCGACCGCGACGAUGAGAUGAUGCAGAAGAAACGGACAGUAUGUACCAUGCUCAACGAGCAUCGCGAAUACAGCGUCUCUAAAAUGCCGCUCGAAAAGAUGAGCUGCAAAAGAAAACCCACCUACGGCCGAACAUCGGGCGCGGAUACACUCAAAAAAUUCCGGGCCACCAUGAUCUGUAUAGUCACGAUUGCAUUGCUAUAGAUUUGAUUACUCAAAACUAUUUCUAAUUUUAAGUUCGUCCUAUUUAUUUCGGUGUGGGAACAACGUCGGGUCAGCUGUGGCCGGAUGGACCGACGUGUCCCUCAUGUGUUUCGUACUAUUUAUUACAUUUCAAAUUUAAAGGAGAAAAAAAACGUGAUGAAUUUAUGUUAUAAACUACGAUACAUAUCAAAUUUGGGCUGAAAAUUUAAAGAAAAUUAGCCUUACAUUUUUGGAACGGUAGCUUGAUAAGUGACGUUUCCGAUAUAGAACGUCAGGUAAGCUAGUUUUACCGUAAAAUAUAUUAGCUAAUGGUUUUGGCCUUACUAAGGUAAUGUUACCGAUAUGCUUGAAACGGAAACUUUUGGGAAUUCAAUUAAUCUACCACCCAGCAUCAGUAAACUAAUUAAUGAAUUGGAAUUUCGGAUAAUUCAUAGUAUUAAUAGAACUGUGUUCUCCAAAAUGAAUAAAACCAUCACGACAAUCAAAGCUACUUACCUUUUAUUUUGAACUCUUAAUUCCCUUUAGAUCUAAGAAGAAUCCUUGUAUAUUUUGUUAUCGUUUACCCCGCGUUGUAUAAUGUAUUCAAUUGUAUUAGUAAGCCUACGAGUAUUUACCAUGUUGACUGUUUCAUAUUAUAAUACGUUAUUAAUUGUUUCAUGAAUCUACGCAUCUAAAUAUUUAUGUAUAUUUAUAUGGAAUAUAUAAUAGCCAUUAAAAUAUAAUAUAACCCGUUUGAUAAUGUUGUACUUUCGUUUGCACACUCAAUACUUUUAGUUUUUAUUAGAAGAUUAAAUCAAUGGUUCGUCGUGUGGAUAGGAUUAAUCCUUUCACAGACAAUGGCCAUUUAGACUCUCGUAAGUUGGCGAACAAUUUCUUAAAAGAAAUUUAUGUGUGUUAAAAAUUAUGCUGAAAGCAUUGAGAGUGCAAAAAUCCCUGAAUAUGAGAUUCAUAGUUCGACUUUCGGCUAUAUUCAAUUUGCUGUCGAUCGCUAAUGGAUUUACGUAUAUCAAAACCCAAUAUAAAGUCGAAAGACGCUCUAUAAUUCUUGUACUAUCAAAUUAAUAAUAUAUACAGUUUAUCCUAAAGUUACAUAACCUUGAUUAUUCAAUAUUAUAGAAAUUCAUAAAUGUUAUAAUAAACCUAGUAUUAACAAGUUAGUAAACUUUAUGUACGUUUUAUUCUUGUAUAAGUUAUUGUUAUUUUAAUUUAUUUGCAAUUCCAAAGAGAUUUUAGUUAUUUUAGAGUUUAGUUUAUUAAGUGCAUGAAGCUUUAGUUUUAAUUAAGCCUUUCUCUCAACUUCUUUCAAUAUUUGUUCUUAUUUCGAUUUUAGAAUAAUAAAUGUGACUUUAAACUAGCUUAUAUAAUUUCUUUGCUUUAUCAAUUAAUGUUGUAAAUGUUAACUAAUUUUUAGCUUGCUUUCUAGUGCACAGAACUGCUAGCAACUGAGCAUAAAAUUGCUUUUUCAAACUUCAUUCGAUUUUUAAAUGAAUAAGUGAUAAAUUGUAACCUAAAACAUAUCCUUUAGCCUCAUAGCAUACAUUAUAAGAAAUACGAUGUAAGAUUAUUAUUAUAUAUGAAUGUUGAAAAAUUGGUAAACAAUUAGAGUAUUUUUAAAAUUUACAUUUUGACGAUUGAUUGGUAAUUAUUAUAAUUGAAAUGUAGAAUGUUUGUAGACGCGAGAUUGAAUUAAUAUAUUCAAUUUACAUUCGUUAUUACAUUUCAAAAUAAAUGUAUUUAAAAUGUUUAUAUUAUAAAUGAUCAAAAUUCUAAAAUAUAUACUCACUUCGUGCACUUGAAUUCUUUAAAUUUUAAUGCACUUUCAUAAUUAUUAUUAAUGAAGUAAAUUAAUAUUCAAGGAUAUACAUACUAAUUGCUAUACAAAUUACUGGAAUAUAUAUCUUAUUCUAGAACGUUUUUUCGAAAAUCAAUAAUAUUUGGGACUCCUAUAACGUAUUUGAAAUCUUAUCUUAUAUCAUAAUAUUCUAGAUAUUAUUCUUAUAUAUUAUUCUAUUUCGGCCCUAGCUUUCAUUUAUCUGACGCAAGUUAAGAUUAUACAUCUUACUAUUCGGGAUUGCAAACUCAGUCCUAAGUAAGAAAAUAUCUACAUAAAACCCAUAUUGAAUGGCAUAGGUAAGAAAAAGUUAAUUUAAUAUUGGUUAUUUAUAAAUUACGUUGCAAAUAUAGAAUCAGAUGCGAAGACUAAUUAUUCGAGCACCUUUUAAUAUAAACUAUUAAUUAGAGCGUUUCAAAUAUGAUUAAAUUGGAAUCUAUUAUUAUUGCUAUUGCAUAGCUUUUAUCUCGGGCUUUGAGCACGGCGACCGAGUCAAGAUAUCCCGUAACGAAAAUAAUACCUAACACCCCCACUCAGCCUACCAUGUAGCUUGCGUUCAACACAUUCACACGUUGCGCUUGUGAAGUUUUUGUGAAUAAGCGCGCGGCGGACGUCGCCGCACUGCAUGCGCACGAUGAAAAGUCUGCCCAUCUCUCUCUCGCGCGGUCUAGCUUAGGAGUGUGAAGGGGACAGUUAAUGUUUCGCUUUUGUUAAUGAUUAUAAAAAUAGCGUGGUC